AUGAGAGCUUCCACAACCACCAUCACCUUCCUCCUCGUCCUCCUCCUAAUCCUAUACCCCACAGCCACCGUCCCCACUCCGCCACCAGCCACCACAGACACCGUUCCAGCUCAAUCUCCAUCGUCUUCUUCCACCUCCGCCACCCUUGACCCACAACAACUAAGAGCCCUUCAAUUCCUCCACAUCCCAACCACCCACGGUCUCUGCACUCAAUUCUCCUGCGACACCGGCACCCCAUUCCACCACCUCCUCUCCCUCCGCCUCACCAGCUGCUCCUCCGACUUCCGCCUCUCCACCACCCUCCUCUCCUCGCUAUCCACCCUCACCUCCCUCACUUUCCUCAACUGUCACAUCCCAGUCGUCCACUUCCCCACCUCCCUCUCCACUAACCUCCAUUCUUUCACCUCCAUCAACUCCCUCCAACGCCUAACCGGCGUCUUUCUCAGCCGCUUCCACAACCUCACCCAUCUAUACAUCUCCGGAGACCCUAUCAAAGCCUCCGGUAUCCACAUUAUCACCUCCAACAUGAAAUCUUUAAACUCUAUAACACUCUCCAACACACAUCUCACCGGAUAUCUCCCAAAAGAUUGGAGUCCAAAUCUAACCUACAUCGACUUCUCCAAAAACAAACUCAAAGGCACAAUACCCACAUCAUUAACUCUCCUGAAAAACCUUAAAGUCUUGAACUUUUCAUCAAAUAAUAUCAUUGGAGUUAUACCAAAUUCAUUCGGUGACUUAAUUUCCCUUCAAAAUGUUUCUUUAUCAUCGAACUCGAUAUCUGGUCCGAUACCCGGAUCCAUGUCCUCCAUACCCGGGUUAGUUCAUUUAGAUCUGAGUUCGAAUCAACUCAAUGGAGCGAUACCUGAGUUCAUCUCAGAAAUGAAGGAACUAAAGUAUUUGAAUCUUGAAAACAAUCAUUUCCAUGGAGUUUUGCCGUUUGAUACAUCGUUUAUCAAGAGAUUAGAUGUGUUCAAGAUUGGUGGAAAUGAUGAUUUGUGUUACAAUCAUUCAACUAUUUCGGAGGAAAUGAAUCUUGGGAUUGCUCCUUGUGAUAAACAUGGAAUGCCCAUUUUGCCCCCACCUGCGUUCAAAGAGCCGUCGUCAUCGGUGGGUGAUUUAGUCCGUGGUGGUGGUGAUGAGGGUGAUGGCGGCGAUGAUGAUACGGAAAAGAAGAAUCACGUGCAUGUUAAUAGGGGGCCAAGCAAGGUGCUUCUUGGUGUAGCAAUUGGGCUUUCGGCCAUGGUUUUCCUUUUAAUUUUCUUGAUUUUGUUAUUUAAGUGCUAG